GCUAGCGACCUGAAGCGACGUCUCUUGCAAGACGUUGCUGAGCUUCAAAACAACCCAUACCCCAAAAUCACACUACAUGUCCAGGAUGACGAUGUCACACAAGUCUGCCUUGUCCUUGAGCCGGAUGGGUAUCAAUCCAUGCACCUGACUGUUUACUUCCCAGACGAUUACCCUCUUCGCCCUCCCAGGGUACAGAUGAACUCGGACGUCCAGCAUCCUAACAUCUACGACGAUUAUAUCUGUGCCUCAGUCUUGAAUACCGAAGAAGACUACACUCCAGCCUAUACAUUGAAGAGUCUCGCCAUUCAGCUCUUGAGCUUCUUCAGUAGCACAAGUAUCGAGCAAGUUCAUGGCAGUGUCGUCAAGCUUGAUAGAUUUCGCGAUCUUCAGUCUUACACUCAUGGAUGCACAUACCUGUGCUCUAAAUGUGGCCACGGAACUGCUGGGUACGGAGCCGCACCUCGUCCCACACCUUCUCCUGCAAGCAUUCCUGCAAUGUACGUCUCAGAUUCAAAUGUAGCAUCUCCAACGAAUCUAACGACUAUCGAAAACCUUGCUAACGAGCUUCUUGUCUUGAUCUUGGACCACCUGGACAUAGAGGAUUUAAUGCGUUUCGCUCAAUCCUGGCCCCAAAUCGGAAAAGUCAUAACAGAAUUCGAUGUAAUCCAACAACGUGAAUUACAAUGCUUCUUGCUAAAGAAGGAUUACACGUCAGUGAAUCUCGGCAUUGGAGUCGACUACCACGGAACGAGCAAGAAGAUUGAGUCCGAAUUCGAUAUCUUAUCAUACGAAGCCUUUCACACCCACCAAAUACGUCGCUCUAUACAAGGCGUGACAUUUACCCACUGGCUACCGCUAGCUAUCAGUCCAGGUCAUUGGAGCAGAGUUCUACCAGAUGUCUACAGUACUCUGAUAGAGUUAGGAGCGGCUGCAAACAUGGGAAAUGUCAAACCAGUCGAAGUUAUCUACCGUUUCAUGAACGAUGUUGUUGUCAAGUUCAACGAUCAGGUCGAGUUCAGCGAAACCGCAACAUCAUCAUGGCAUCAAUACGAACAACUACUUAAGGCCAAGUCUACUUUAACUCAUGCGUCUGAAAAGGCAAUCCAGUCAUACUUUCACCUUUUCCAUCUUCUACUCUGCCUUGCGACUGAAGAUCCCAGUAUUGUUGAGGCUGCCGACAAGGCCCUCCUCGCCUUUGCGGAUGGGAAUGUCUCCAAGACCACAUGUCCUAAUCUCGGCGAUCUCCUCGUUGCUUCUCUGAUUAGCACUGUCGACAUGACUGAGCCGUUGCUGAAGUCCAUCCUCAAAGAAGCCAUUGUCAGAAAUGUGGUCUGGAUGUUCAAGAACAAUGCGCCAGAACUCUCUUACAUGGAACCAUCUGCAGUCUCCGAAUACCGACUCCUGACGACCUUCCGGGCAACCAAGACCAGCUAUCGCAUCCUCAUGUUCCAGAACCUCUUUCGACGAACCGCCGUCACUUCUCCUCGUAAAAGCCUCUCCCAACUGCGAGACGAAGUCUUUAAGCGCCAUGGUGCACCUCCUCCC